CUAUGAUCAUAGCAGGGUAGAGUACAGCCUGUGGCUAACAAAGUAGCAACCGAACCACCCUUUCGGAUACAAAGUUUCUUUCAGCACAAAUAAAUCGAAGAAUGGAGCCGGAGUGAGGAAGACUGAAGUUACAAGUGCUUGAAAUGGAGACUUUACUCGCAGAAUUACUGUUCUGCAGUAGUCUGCUCUUUGCAGUUCAUGGGUCUCCGUUGUUGCUCUUUGCCAAUCGGCGGGACGUGCGGCUGGUGGACGCCGAGGGGGGGCGGGCAGAGUCAGCGGUGGUCGUCAGUGGCCUGGAGGACGCAGCCGCAGUGGACUUCCUUUAUUCCGAGGGACUGAUCUUCUGGACAGAUGUCAGCGAGGAGGCCAUCAAGCAGACACAUUACAACCAGUCUAGCAAUGCUGUGAAGGAGGCGACCCUGGGCAAUGGGCAAACAGUGGUGGUGUCAGGGCUAGACUCUCCUGAUGGUCUGGCCUGUGACUGGCUGGGUCGCAAGCUCUACUGGACAGACUCGGAGACCAACCGCAUUGAGGUGGCCAACUUGGAUGGCACCUACCGCAAAGUUCUCUUCUGGCAGGACCUGGACCAGCCACGGGCCAUUGCACUGAACCCUGCACACCGCUACAUGUACUGGACAGACUGGGGGGAGGAGCCUCGCAUUGAGAGGGCAGGUAUGGACGGCAGUAACAGGAAGAUCAUUGUGGAGGCAGACAUCUACUGGCCCAAUGGGCUCACCAUUGACCUGGAGGAGCAGAAGCUGUACUGGGCUGAUGCCAAGCUUAGCUUCAUCCACCGAGCAAACCUAGAUGGUUCCUCAAGGGAGACAGUGGUGGAGGGUACCUUGACACAUCCAUUUGCUCUCACCCUGUCGGGGGAGACUUUGUACUGGACAGACUGGCAAACACGCUCCAUCCACGCCUGCAACAAGCAAACCGGGGACAAGAGGAGGGAGAUCCUGAAUGGAAUCUAUUCUCCCAUGGACAUCCAAGUGCUGGGUCUGGAGAGACAGCCAAACAUUCAGACCCCCUGCAACGAGGGCAAUGGCGGCUGCUCCCACCUGUGUCUGCUGUCUCCUGUGGAACCUUUCUACAGCUGUGCCUGUCCCACUGGUGUCCGCCUCCAGGAGGACGGGAAGAACUGCCGACCUGGUGCGGAGGAGGUCUUGCUUCUCGCCCGUCGAACAGACCUGCGUCGGAUCUCUCUGGACCUGCCCGACUUCACCGACAUUGUGCUGCAAGUGGAUGACAUCCGACAUGCCAUUGCCAUUGACUAUGACCCAGUGGAUGGCUAUGUGUACUGGACCGAUGAUGAGGUAAAGGCCAUCAGGCGCGCCCGUAUUGAUGGCAGCGACGCCCAGACCCUGGUCACCACAGAGAUCAAUCACCCAGACGGCAUUGCUGUGGACUGGGUUGCCCGCAACCUGUACUGGACUGACACUGGCACCGACCGCAUUGAGGUCACGCGUCUCAACGGGACAUCCCGCCGCAUCCUGGUGUCAGAGAACCUGGAGGAGCCCCGGGCCAUUGUCCUAGACCCAGUCAGCGGGUACAUGUAUUGGACUGACUGGGGAGAGAAACCCAAGAUCGAGCGGGCCAACCUGGAUGGCACUGACCGCAUCAUCCUGCUCAACUCCUCUCUGGGCUGGCCCAAUGGCCUGGCCAUUGACUACGCAGCUGGCAAGCUGUACUGGGGUGAUGCCAAGACUGACAAAAUUGAGGUGAUCAAUGUGGAUGGGACGGACAGGAAGGUUCUGCUGGAGGACAAGCUGCCUCACAUCUUUGGCUUCACCCUGCUGGGGGACUACAUCUACUGGACUGACUGGCAGAGGAGAAGCAUCGAGAGGGUGCACAAGACCGAGGCCGUACGGGAGAUCAUCAUCGACCAGCUGCCUGACCUCAUGGGCCUCAAGGCCACCAGAGUCACCUCUACCUUCGGUACCAACGGGUGCGCAGAGGACAAUGGCGGCUGCAGCCACCUGUGUUUCCAUCGGCCUCAGGGCCUGCGCUGUGCCUGUCCCAUGGGUUUGGAGCUGCUGAGCGACCUGAGGACCUGCAUUGUGCCUGAGGCCUUCCUGCUCUUUACCAACCGCGCAGACAUCCGCAGCAUAUCCCUGGGCACCAACAGCAAUGACGUGGCCAUCCCCCUCACGGGAGUGAAGGAGGCGUCUGCCCUUGACUUUGACGUCUUAGAGAAUCGCAUCUACUGGACUGAUGUCAGCACCAAGACUAUCAGCCGGGCGUUCAUGAAUGGCAGCUCAGUGGAGCACGUGAUUGAGUUUGGCCUGGACUACCCUGAGGGCAUGGCCGUGGACUGGAUGGGCCGCAAUGUCUACUGGGCUGACACCGGAACCAACCGCAUUGAAGUGGCCCGUCUGGACGGCCAGUACCGGCAGGUUCUGGUGUGUAAGGACCUGGACAACCCCCGGUCCCUUGCCCUGGACCCUGCCAAUGGGUAUAUGUACUGGACGGAGUGGGGCGGAAAGCCCAGGAUUGGGCGUGCCCACAUGGACGGCAGCAACAUCGUCACCCUGGUGGACAAAGUGGGCCGAGCCAACGGCCUCACCAUUGACUACAUCGAUCAGAGACUCUACUGGACCGACCUGGACACGUGCAUGAUCGAGUCCUCCAACAUGCUUGGCUUGCAGAGGGAGAUUGUGGCAGAUGACCUUCCACACCCCUUCGGGCUGACCCAGUACCGGGAUUACAUCUACUGGACUGACUGGAACCUACGUAGCAUCGAGCGGGCAGACAAGCGCAGUGGGCUGAACCGCACUGUGAUCCAGGGCCACCUGGAAUAUGUAAUGGACAUCCUGGUCUUCCACUCCUCAAGGCAGGAGGGCUGGAAUGAGUGCUCCCAGAGCAACGGGCACUGUGCCCACCUGUGCCUGGCCUCACCUGAGGGCUACCAUUGCCGCUGUGCCUCUCACUAUACCCUGGAUGCCAACGGCAGGAACUGCAGCUCCCCCUCCAGUUUCCUGCUCUUCAGUCAGAAAGCUUCCAUCAGCCGAAUGGUUCUGGGGGAGCAGAGCCCAGACAUCAUCCUCCCCAUUCACGUCCAGCGCAAUGUCCGGGCCAUCAGCUACGACCCUGUGGACCGGCUGGUGUACUGGGUGGAUGGCAAGCAGAACGUCAGACGGGCCCGCGAUGAUGGUUCACAGUCGUCUGUGGUAGUAUCAACCCUUCCCGGUCACCAGCAGAACCCCGACAAACAGCCCCAUGACUUGAGCCUGGACCCCUACAGUCGCACAGUCUACUGGACCUGCGAGGCCACCAACACCAUCAAUGUCCAUCGGCUAGACACACGCUCCAUUGGUGUGGUGCUGAGGGAUGACAACGACAAGCCCCGUGCCAUUGUAGUCAAUGCCGAGAGAGGGUACAUGUACUUCACCACCAUGCAGGAUCGUUCAGCCAAAAUCGAGGGUGCCUCCCUGGACGGGACAGAGCGUGAGUCGCUCUUCACCACCGGGCUGAUUCGCCCCGUGGCCCUUGCCCUGGACAACAAGCUGGGCAAGCUCUUCUGGGUGGAUGCCGACCUCAAGCGCAUCGAGAGCAGCGACCUCUCUGGAGCCAAUCGGAUCACACUGCAGGACUCCAACAUCCUGCAGCCCAUGGGUCUGACAGUGUUAGGGGAGCACUUGUACUGGAUCGACAGGCAGCAGCAGAUGAUCGAGCGGGUGGACAAGAUCACUGGGGAGAAGAGGACCCGUAUCCAAGGGCGUAUUGUACAUCUGACUAGCAUUCACGGGGUGGAGGACUUGGAUCCAGAGGAGUUCGCUUCACAUCCCUGCUCCCGUGACAACGGAGGCUGCUCCCACAUCUGUAUUGCCAAGGGAGACGGGACGCCGCGCUGCUCCUGCCCCAUGCAUCUGGUCCUGUUGCAGAACCUGCUCACCUGUGGAGAGCCACCUACCUGCUCCACGGAACAAUACACCUGUGCCACUGGUGACAUUGACUGCAUCCCCAUGGCAUGGCGAUGUGACGGCUUCGCAGAGUGUGACGACAACAGUGAUGAGGAGAACUGCCCCGUCUGCUCUGCCUUCCAGUUCCGCUGUGACAAGGGACAGUGCAUUGACGCCCAGCUGCGCUGCAAUGGGGAGCUCGACUGCACUGACAGCUCUGACGAGCAGGACUGCGACACCAUCUGCCUGCCCAACCAGUUCCGCUGUGGGAACAACCAGUGCAUCCUGAAGAAACAGCAGUGCGACUCGUACUCAGACUGCACUGACAACACGGAUGAGCUGUACUGUGGUGAUUUCAUCAACCAACCCUCUGACAAUAUGCCGUCUCACACCAGUACCAUUGGUCCGGUCAUCGGCAUAAUCCUGUCUGUCUUUGUGAUGGGCGGCAUGUACUUUGUGUGCCAACGAGUAGUGUGCCGACGCUACAAGGGCCCCAAUGGAGCCUUCCCCCAUGAGUACAUCAGCGGCACACCCCACGUGCCCCUCAACUUCAUUGCCCCAGGCAGCUCCCAGCACGGCACCUUCACAGGUAUCUCCUGUGGGAAGUCAAUGAUGAGCUCCAUGAGCCUGAUGGGAAGCAGCAGCAGUGGUGCACCCCUAUAUGACCGGAACCAUGUGACUGGUGCCUCAUCUAGCAGCUCUUCCAGCACCAAGGGAGCCUUCUACCCCCAGAUGCUCAAUCCACCCCCUUCUCCAGCCACGGACCGCUCUCUGUACAAUGGAGAGAUUUUCUACUCCUCCAACAGCCCCUCCACCACCCGGUCCUACAGGCCUUACCUAAUGCGAGGUGUGGCACCCCCUACCACCCCCUGCAGUACUGAUGUCUGCGACAGUGACUACACCACCAGUCGAUGGAAGGGCAACAAGUACUAUAUGGACCUGAACUCGGACUCAGACCCAUACCCCCCUCCCCCCACACCCCGUAGCCAGUACCUGUCGGCAGAGGAAAGCUGCCCCCCUUCCCCAUCCACAGAGCGCAGCUACUUCCACCUGUGCCCCCCUCCGCCCUCACCCUGCACUGACUCCUCGUGACCCCGGGAAAUCCGCCACACGUGUAAAUACUUUUAAUUAUGAACAAAUCAGAUAAUUCUAUUUUAUUAAUGUCCACUAAUUGUCAUCUGUUUCUGUUGGGAGGUGGGAGGUCGGGAGGGUCAGAGGAGAAAGGGAACGGGAUUGGAUGAAGUGUACAGUACUUCCACAAAUGAUGCUCACAAGGCCGUGUGAAAUCCGUGUACAGCUGAAGUGUAUUUAUAAUGUUUUUUCCUUUCCUCCACUUGGUAUGUUUUAAACUUGAGCUGUGAGCCCCUAAACCUUGUGGCAGUGAGGAUUAAAGAAAAUAACAAUAGGAGUUCCAUUGUAUAGCUCAGUUCUCUGUCAAACAUAUGAGUCAGUGACAGAAUUGUGGUAGCUGCUGGUUUUUAGGAACUCCUUUUAAAAUAUUCCCCAAAUUAGAUGUAAUGCAGCCGGCCAGCUCACUCUGCAAGAUACCAAAAUCAUUUCAAAUAGAAAUAUUGUAAAUAUGUAUAAUUUUGUUUUGAUUACUGCCAUGAUCUUAUUUUCUAUGUGAAUAUGAA